GACUGACUGACAGUUGAUUUCGCGACUACUCGCCCGACACAUGCUCAACAUUUUCCGCGUGCUGUCUUAUCGGACCUGUUGCUUUUGCAUCGAAUUCACGGCCAGUCUCGAGAGCGAGUGCAGUGACUCCCGAUUCUAAUUAAUUCUCUCUCUGGACCCACACACACACACACCGGUUGUUUCGAUUUAGCAUGGACUAGAUUGGGUGGAAAAAAAAUCAGUAGAGGAUUAGACCAUGUCCGAUUCGCAGGAGUACGAGAACAAGCUGGACGUGAACGCGUCCAGCACGUCGGCGUCUCCGAGGACGCCGCCGAAGUGCGCCCGUUGCAGGAACCACAGCAAAAAGAUCGCCCUGAAGGGCCACAAACGGUAUUGCAUGUAUCGCUCCUGCAAGUGCGAGAAAUGCCGGCUGACGUCCGAAAGGCAGCGCGUGAUGGCCAUGCAGACGGCGCUGCGGCGGGCCCAGGCCCAGGACGAAGUCAUGCUGCGGAACGGGAACGUGAAUCCCGAAGAGAUAGGCAUCGUGCCGGCGGGCCAGCAGAGCCCGCCGUUGGUGACGUCGCUGAGGCGACGCUUCGACUGCGAUUCCUCCGGGUCGUCGCAGUGCUCCGAUCAACUUUCCGCGAAAGUUAUGAAAGUGACGCCCAUACCGAUGGGCCACCAGAGCCCGCCGCCGCCGCUCAAGAGGCGACUGGACUGCGAUUUUUCGGGGGCCUCGCAGAUGGGCGAGCCGCCCUCCAAGCUGAUCCGGCUGACGCCUCCGUCGGAGAUUCCAUCCACCACCAGCACUAAUUUUAGCUCUAUUGUCGAUUGCCAUUCUUCCUACCCGCCAGAUUGUAAAGUUGCCCAAAGCUCGGACCUGCUGGAAGACUGCCAGAAAUUACUAGAACGAUUUAAGUACCCAUGGGAAAUGAUGCCAUUAAUGUACGCCAUACUCAAAGACGCCAGAGCGGAUUUGGAGGAGGCUUCUAGGAGGAUAGAUGAAGGACAAUUGGUAGAAGUUCUUUUGAAUUUAUGCAAUCGAGUGAGGGACAAGUUUCAUUUAUCUUGGAGGAUGAUUUCUUUAGUUAGUGUCGUUUUAAAAUAUUCCAAACAAAACGAAGAUAAUGCUUUCACUAGAAUAGAAGAAGCUUUUCGAGAAACGCAAAAUCUAAGAGAAGCAAGAGCUGUGCCAAAUUUAGCUUUACAAUGUAGCUACCAAACAAUUCCAUGGAAUCAUCCUAGUCUUUACGCAUCGGCCUUCUACUACUCGCCUUGGUUGCUGAAUCCUAAUUCGUGUCAUUAUCCUUCGUCUACGUUGCUCAGCACGGCCCCGACGACGUGUUCUUCGCCCAGCUCGCCGACCGCCAAUUCACCCCUAGCGUACACCCCAAUUAGGCCGGAGAGUCGAACGUGAUAAGAUUAAUCAUUCCUGUGCGAUGUCGUCCGGUUUUACUUACGGCU